AUGGCGGGAAACGUGAGGGGGAAAGUGGUGGGAAACCUGAUGGACAUGGGUUUCUCCCGGGAACACGCCAUGGAGGCCCUGCUGAACACCAACACCAUGGAACAGGCCACCGAGUACCUGCUCACCCACCCGCCCCCGCUCAUGGGGGGCGCGGCGAGGGACCUGAGCAUGUCCGAGGAGGAUCAGAUGAUGAGGGCCAUCGCCAUGUCCCUGGGCCAGGACAUCCCCAUGGACCAGCGGGCAGAGUCCCCCGAGGAGGCCGCGUGCCGCAAGGAGGAGGAGGAGCGGCGGGCGCGGGAGCGGCAGGAGGAGGAGGAGGCCAAGUGCCUGGAGAAGUUCGAGGGGGCCGAGCCGCUGGAGCCGGCGGAGCUCGGGGCCUUCACCGACUCGAUGCUGCCGGGCUGCUCCCGCCUGCUGGACGAGCUGCCCGACACCGUGUACCGCGUGUGCGACCUGCUCAUGACGGCCGUGCGCAGGAACGGGCCCGCCUACAGGGACAGCGUGCUCAAGCAGGUGGUGCAGCAGGUGUGGGAGGCGGCCGACGUUCUCAUCAAGGCGGCCGUGCCGCUCACCACCAGCGACACCAAGACGGUCUCGGAGUGGAUCAGCCAAAUGGCCACGUUGCCCCAGGCCUCCAACCUGGCCACACGCAUCCUGCUGCUCACCCUGCUCUUCGAGGAGCUGAAGUUGCCCUGUGCCCAG